UCGUUGUCUACCUCGCACAGAAGAACAAAGAGAGAUCUAGAAGAAGAAAAGAAAAGAUGGCUUUGCAAUGGUUGAUUCUUUCGUACGUGGUGGCCGCCGAAGUUGUAAUCGCGGUGGUGUUGACUUUACCGUACCCUAUGGUAGUGAAGAAGCGCGUCGUGUCACUUGUCUCUCUCGUUCUCCAACCUGCUGCUUCCAUCGUUGCCUUCGCCGCCUUUCAGCUCUGCGAUAUAUACUGGAAGAAUGAACAUAGACUCUCUUGCUCAUCGGAGGUAUGCACUGCUACAGAGCGUGAUCGCUACGAGAAAUCUAUCUACAAGGCACAGAGGAAUGUUGUUCUGUGCGCUGCAGGAAUUCUUCUCUACUGUACAACAAGGACCUGGAGCUUUUGGAAGAAGCUGAGAAGAGACACAAGGACGAGUAAUCUACUCGUGUAUAGAGACUUGGUUCCUCAAAACCAUAUAUGUAAAAGUCUUUAAUUGUUUUCUUACAUCUAAUACCACUAAACCUGAAGAAAACAAAUAGUGGAUAUCAAUAUAUCAUCAUCAGUGUUCAAUGCUUAUUUCAAUUUAUUUUCCCUAAAUAAUAUCACAAUCUUGAAACUUGUGCAUACCUAUUAAUACAAUUCCUUCAGGGGUUUUCCAUAUGAUUUCCAUAUGAAUGAGCUUAAAGAAGAUGAAAAGAUAAAAGACAAAAAAAAAACUUUUGGGACUAUUUAAGUUCUUAAUCCAUGUGUUUGACAUGGUUUGAUCAAAAAAAAAAAUCCAUGUGUCUGACGUACACAACUGUGGCAUGUGGGCAACUGAGGGAACUACUGUAAGAUUUAGAGAAACAAUGGAAAAUGAUUUCUUUGAGUAGAUUUUUGAUAAGAUAUUUUAUUUGAAUUCUAGUUAUCUUCACAGUGUAUAUAACGGAUACAAAGGACAAAAUAGAAAUGAUAAUAUAGCUCGAAGAACAUAUAUCUGAAUGUUCUAAUGAACUAGUAACGUCGUGAUGACUAUUUGAUGAGUACUUAUGCCAUGUCUUUUAUAUUACUCAG